AUGAGAUAUCUAGUGAACCAGCAAAACAUUGCAACAGUUGUUGAUCAGGUAUCGCUGCUUCAAAGAAACUUCAUCAGUUGUCGCCCGUUCCUUGUGGCUCGUAAGGAUGUUAAGUUUGCAUUUAAGCUGGCAAGGAAUGCGGUAGAUUCACAGAUUGCCAAGUUUGGUGAAUGUAGCAAUGCUAGGAAUAAGAAGGAGACGUGUGACAUCUGCUUGGAAGAUAUUUCUGUGAGACAAAUGUUUUCCGUCAAUAAUUACUCACAUCGCUAUUGUUGUUCUUGUAUGAGGCAGCAUGUGGAAUUCAAGUUACUUGACGGGGUGAUGCCUCGAUGUCCUCACGAUGGCUGUAGAACCAUGCUGAAUCAAGAUAACUGUGCACAAUUUAUGACCCCAAAGUUGAAUGAUAUGAUGAGCAAGCGGAUUAAGGAGGAUUCUGUACCUGUAACGGAGAAAGUCUGUUGCCCAAACCCAAAGUGCUCCAACCUGAUGUCAAAGAACGACAUCCCAAAAUAUGUUUACAAAGAGUCCACUAAGGAACAUCUCUGUGGAAAAUGUUUGAAAUGCAAUGAACAUUUCUGUUUUAAGUGCAAGGUCCCAUGGCAUAAUGGCAUGACCUGUGAAGCUUACCAGGCACAGAUAGUCUCCGAGGAUGAUGCGAGGCUGAAGAAACUUGCUGAUACAAAGCUCUGGCGGCAAUGCAAGAAGUGCAACCAUAUGAUUGAACUGAUUUGGGGUUGCUACCACAUCACUUGCAGAGGUUCCUACAAUGCUUAUGCUUAUGUUUAA